AUGGCAGCUUUGAGUCCUUUUUAUGACUCAGCUUGCCUGAAGACUGUCCUCAACGCACUCACCAAAGUCUUCAUCUGCCAAUGGUGGGGGAACUGCAGGAGAAGACAGAAGAUGAGUGAAGCACAGCAAGACAAAAACCAGGAUGGAACCAUGUCUGAGCUCAGGAUUGUGCUGCUUGGUAAGACUGGAGCUGGGAAGAGUGCAACAGGAAACACCAUCCUGGGGAGAGAGGCCUUUACAGCAGAAAUAUCCUCUGACUCUGUGACUGCAACAUGUCAGAAGCAGAGUGAUGAGAUGGCUGGGCGUCGUUUUACACUCGUUGAUUCUGUAGGAUUAUUUGACACAGAGAAGAAUGAAGAUGAACUGAAAAGAGAGAUAGAGAACUGUGUUAAGUCAUCUGAUCCGGGGCCCCACAUUUUUCUGCUGGUGAUCAGACUGGAUGUGAGAUUCACAGAGGAGGAGAGAAAUGCAGUGAAGUGGAUCCAGAAGAACUUUGGUGAGGGAGCAGCAGAGUUCACCAUGGUGCUGUUCACUCAUGCUGAUAAACUGAAGGGGAAAUCAGUGAAAGAUAUAAUAACAAAAGACCUACACACCUCGAAGUGUGGGGGUGGAUAUCACACCUUUAGUAAUGAACAGAAAUGUGACGAGACUCAAGUCAAAGAGCUGUGGAAGAAGAUGGAUGUCAUGGUGAAGAAUAAUCGGUGGAGAUUUUACACAAAUGAGAUGUACCAGGAGGCUCAGAAACAGCUCAGAGAAGAGGAGGAGAGGAAGAGACAGGAGGAGGAGAAACUAAGAAUGGAGAAUAGAGACAGCAGAAAGAAAAGAAGAAACAAAGAAAGAUAA